UUCGGUCACAGAAACAGUGGGGGGGCAAUAAUUAACGACGGACCAACAUGGCGGAAAAAACAUAGCUAAUGCUAAACAAGAGAAACGAAUGUUUGUAAUUAACUGGUUAAAAUUACAUUUUUGACGCGGGAAUGUUCACACUAAAGAGACAAAUUACCAGCCCUUUUCGGGGUCUAUAACGUUAAGGUAAAGAAUAACCUGACAACGUACGUAAUCGUUACGUUAGGUAGUUUAUCGCUAAAGUUAGCUAGCUGACCGUAGGUGCCACUGGAAACACGUUAGUAACCUGGUUAACAGUUCAUUAUGUGGGGAGAAAUCGACCCUCCAGUUAAAACACAACCGAGUUUGUGUGAAAGUGAAGACGAGAGUGAAUUACCAGAAGAGCCGGUGACACAGUCCCAGCGAUGUGACUUCCACCAGCCUGCAGACACCCAGCAGCCACGACGAGACGCUCCGUUCGUGAGCCACGCUGAGUCCAUUUGCGUAAAUGACAUGGUAGAGUCCAUAGCCAGGAGUGCAAGCCCAGUGAAGAGCCAGCAGAAAGGAGAGGCUGAACUGACCCUAAAGCAGCGCAGAGAAGAGCUACUGCAUCAGUACAGGAGCAGGCCACUGGUGUUCCUGGAGAGGUACCAUGCCUACCUCAAACCCCAGAACCUGUCAGCGUUUGCCCACGUGAGCUCAGAUCCACGGGCUCUUCACUACAGCAAUGUGAUAGAGAAACGAUCUGCUGCAUCAACCAACAGGACAAGGGUUCGAAACCAGCGCUACGCUGCCCUCAGGGCCCUCCAGAGGGAGGGCGAGUAUUUCAACGAUGAGCAGAUGCGGAUGAGGGAGCCGCUGUUGUAUGAACAAUAUAUUGGCCAGUACCUGACUGAUGAGGAGGUGCUGGAGCGCUCCCAGGAGGCCAUGCUGGACGAUGCACAGCGGGGACCAGGGGCACCAGCAGGAAGCACAGGAGGGCUCGCCCACCUCCUCCUCAACUCCUACCAGGAGCGUCUCAUCCAGAGUCGCCUGCAGGAGGAACAGGAGAGAGAGGAGGGAGCACAGGAGGAAGACGAGGAUGAAGACGAUGAUAUUACCGUCCAGCAGAAGGAAUGGGAGCCCACGCCAGAGGAGAAGGUUCUGCUCAGGGAGGAGUUCAUCAGUCAGAUGCACCAGCGCUUCCUAGAUGGCAAAGACAAGGAUUUCAACUACAGUGAGGUGGAUGAGAACCCGGACUACGACAACUUGGACAUAGUCAGCAGAGAUGCGGAGGAUAAAUACUUUGAUGAAGAUGAUGAUGACGAUGAGGAGGAAGACGAGGUGGAAAAUGAUGAAGAGGAAGAAAAUAUGACAGAAUAGUGGCUGUAUUAAUAGAACUGUAGUAACAACUGGCACACUCACUGCUUUGAUUGAACUGUAAAUACAAAUGUACAAAAUAAGGAUAUGUAUUUCAUUUUUUAACGUGAAUGCAAACAUAGCUGGUGAUGAAUAAUGUUUUUUUGAGUCUUUGCAAAUAUAGAUAUAAUGCCCUUCUCACAAAAGGACUGAAGACCGGA